GGAGUUGGGUAGGUAGGACUCCCGCGCCCAGCCCCCCUGACGUCCCCGCGUUGGUCAGGUCAGACUCUGAAGAUGACGGAGGUGGCCGGGGGCCCCAGCGUUCCAGAACCCAGCAAGAUCCGGGCUCUAAAGCAGUGUCUCCUGUGCCGCAACCACAGCCGGGAACAGCACGGCGUGGCGGCCUCCUGCCUCGAGGAGCUGAGGAGCAAGGCUUGUGACAUUCUGGCCAUUGAUAAGUCCCUGGCACCAGUCACCCUGGUCCUGGCAGAGGAUGGCACCAUAGUGGAUGAUGACGAUUACUUCCUGUGUCUUCCUGCCAAUACUAAGUUUGUGGCACUGGCUGGGAAUGAGAAGUGGGCUUACAACAAUUCAGAUGGAGGUACGGCUUGGAUUACUCAAGAGUCCUUUGACGGAGAUGAAACAGACAGCGGGGCAGGGUUGAAGUGGAAGAAUGUGGCCAGGCAGCUGAAAGAAGACCUAUCCAGCGUCAUCCUCCUGUCCGAGGAGGACCUCCAAGUAAGCCUCCUCCGCAACCCAUAGCCACGUCCUUCCAGC